UAUAAACAGAAAAAUAAACAUUAUGCCAAUAAGAUAAUGGCUCUCCGUUAUCUAUAAGUUUUAUGUUGUUAUUAUUGCAUACUGUUACAGUAUUAAUACGGUAUCUAUAUCUAACGUCGUAAUAAUAAUAGUAAUAAUAUUCCGUAAGUUGAUGUAAAUUUAUUCAAUUGCAAAAUUCAUUUAUUUUUUCAACACCGGAUCCGAUUCUUCGUUAGACAUCGGAUUUUCUGUUUAAAAUCAUUUAAGUGCGUGUGUCGCGUUGUAUGGCUCGUAAAAAUAAAGAAAACAAAAACAUGGCGUUAUCGACCAUGUUACGGGAUGAAGGCGAUAGCAGUGAAGAAGACUACCGACGAAAGCGAGAUAAAAACAAUCAGGCAGUUAAAAGAAGUCGAGUUAAAAGUAGAAUGCGCACUCAGCAAACAUUGCAACGUGUAAAUCAAUUAAAAACUGAGAAUGAUAUACUUGAAGAAAAAAUUAAACUUUUAAGUAAAGAACUAGGAUUUUUAAAAGAACUUUUCAUGGCACAAGCUGGGACAUCACAAAUUGAACUCCCCAAAUCUGUUGAUCUUAAAACAUUAUUGAGUGAUACUACAUCAGACAUUUUGGAUAAUGAUUUAACAAAACCUCAAUCUUCAUCAUAAGAUUAAAUUAAUUUGUUUUAUUUCAUGGGCACAGUAUAUUUUAUAAGCAAAAAUAAUGUUAUGAGUCAUAUU